AUGCCGGCCACCCGUACCACAAAGGCCAAGCCAUCCGUAUCAGCAGCGCCCUUCACUCGUGGCACUCGGAGGGUAACCACAAGAUCCACUCGUAAUGUGCCACUUCCAGACUCGCCUGAUGGUCCCACAUCUGAGGAAGCUGCACAGAUUGAAGAUGAUAACUCAUCUCUGCCAUCCGACCCUGAAGACUCAGAGUUUGAUAGUCCAGACAUAGACUCUGAUGAUUCAGAUUCAACAGGUGGUGAACAGGUCACGGACAUUCCAGCAAACGCAGAGCCAAAGAAGCAAAAGCAACGUGAAAAAAAAAGCGUGGUGGUGUUGCCACCUCAUACCACUGACCUUCCUCACCCAAACCAACCUGCGAUUCCUACAGACGUGAACGGAAUCCGUCUCCCCCAAACUCCCCCAAUCAGACCAACUCUUGAAAAUUACAAAGAGCUUGCAGAGAUUUGGACUUAUACUGAACGACAAGGUUCUCUCAUGUGUUAUGAUUUUGAAGUUCAGGGGUUAUAA